AUGGCUGAUAGAAGUGAUAAUGGAGAUUUCGAGGGUUUCGCGUGUGAUUGUAUUGUAGCUCGGCUGUAUGAAACAUUACCUGGCUCACCAAAUUAUAAAAUUGGUAAUGUACCCUACCUGUCGACAUAUGAGACUCAAGAUCAAGCGCGACGCCGUGGUUACUGGAUUCCCGGCCUUCCGGUAAAAGCUCGAAUAACCGACGUAAAACGAGAUCAUAAAUUCGGAUUGCAUCUCAUAAACGCUUAUUUGUAUGUAAUUGAAUUGGAGCAUGGACCGUUUCGGUGGACAGUUGUUAAGCAAAAUAAAGAUUUUGCUGUGCUUGCUGCUCGAUUACUUACGCAUCGUGCUGCAGAACGAAUACGAGGUCCGGUUAGGAGAGCACAGGAAGUCAUAGAUGAUGCGCUUGAAUCGGUUGGUAUUAAUAUAAUACCGGAUCACAAAGACGAUUGUCCACAUCAUGAAAUAUCAAAAAGCCAAAAGAUCUAUGAUUUGAAUAGAUCUAAUGAUCUUGAUAGUAUCUAUCAAAGUGGUGCUACAGAAAAAAAGACUAAUGUUGAGCAACAACUGGCUAUUAUUGAUUCUACCGAAACUGCUGAAAUUUCUACGCCGAAUGUUUUACUGCCAGCAAAAGAGAAUCUUUUGGGGCAAAAAAAUAUACGAUUAAGCGAAGUGAAGCGGCAUCAGCUACCAUCACUUGGUUUCGUUCCUGAUGCGAUUAUUGAUCCAAACGAACGUCGACAAAGAUUGGAGAAGUGGCUUCAGGCAGUACUGCAUAUACCUGUGAACAGAAAUCACCAUGAAACAGCAGAAUUUUUGGAAGUAUCGCGCUUUUCAUUCAUAACAGAACUGGGUGGUAAAUACUGCGAAGGUUUUGUAAAAAAACGUCCCGGUGGUAGCAGAGUUUUUAUCGGUUGGAAGCAGUGUUGUGUGCGUUAUUGUCUAAGAUGGUCGAAACGGUGGCUUAUAUUAAAAGAUUCAUCUGUUUGUUAUAUGAAUCCAAAAAACGAACAAAUGCGUUUUGUUCUUUUAUUUGAUCGAGAUUUCGACGUUUCUGCUGGAAGUAGCGAAACAGAAGGAAUGCCAAAUGGUUUAGUUAUCAGCAAUCAGCAACAUGUGUUGGUAUUGAAAUGUCGUACAGAAUUGGAUGCGAUACAAUGGAAGGCAGCAAUACUAGAAUCAAUGAAUGGUAUCGGAAGGAUCUGGCUAGAAAAUCAUCCUUAUGGGUCAACAUUUCCUGUACGACGUGCACAAAGUGUUCAAUGGUUUGUAGAUGGACGAUCGUUUAUGGAACAUGCAGCGAAUAUGAUGGAAUUAGCACGUGAGGAAAUUUUCAUUGCAGGCUGGUGGUUAUCACCAGAAAUUUUUAUGAAAAGGCCACCAGUGGAAGGAAACCGUUGGAGGCUGGAUGAAAUUUUAAAGAGGAAGGCAGAACAAGGAAUCAAAAUAUUUGUUCUCUUGUACAAGGAGAUGGAAAUGGCUCUUGGGAUUAAUAGCAUAUACACUAAACGAACUCUGCAAACGCUUCAUAAAAAUAUUAAGGUGCUUCGCCAUCCGGAUCAUUAUCUUUCAUCGGGUACAUUUUUCUGGACUCAUCACGAAAAGCUAAUUGUUAUUGAUCAGCUGAUAGCAUUUGUUGGCGGUGUCGAUUUGUGCUUCGGUCGUUGGGAUGACUGCCGCCAUAAAUUAGCUGAUUGCGGUUCAGUGAAAAUACCCGAACAGCAUAAUAUCUGUGUAGGUGGUGACUUUUCCGUGGUGAAAAGUGUUAGGCAGAUUGUAACAGCAGCUGGAAUACUGUCACCCAUUGGACUAGAGGAAGAUGAAGAAAUAAGAAAAAAAAAUGUCGGGUACGAUGAAGUUGAUAGAUCAGACAAUUUAGGGAAUGAAGAAGAUGGAAAUGACAAAAACGCCAAACCAAACAGUGCGCAAAGAUGUUCAACUUUUGCUAAACGAAAACAGCUCAAGAAAGAUCAAAGUAGUGUAGGAGACCAUACAAUACCACAGAAGUCAACAGAACAAAAUAUUCUAUCAGUAGUUAAACAUACACGAACUGUGAUGAAGUCGAAAUCGAUAUCUGCUGCACCACCGAUUGAAAUGCUAAAUAUAAAUGCUGAAAAAAUGUAUAUCGAUGACGCUUUGGAUAAAUAUAAGGCUUAUGUACAUAGUGGAAAAGCAAAAGAGGCGAAGCACUGUGCUGAGAAGAAAUCAACACCUCCACCACAGCGAAAGAUAUUCUCGAAAGUAGCGCAUAGCUUAAAACCAUCAGCCAAGAAGCACUGGCAAAAAGUUAAACAGGAAACUACUCGAUAUGAUCUUAGAUAUAUGGAACUUCGCGAUCAGGAUGAGAAAAUUCGUGCUAUGGAAGAACAUAUGGCAGGUGCUGGAAAAUUGUGGAUUGGGAAAGAUUAUGCAAAUUUUAUCCAUAAAGAUUUUGUUGAGCUCGAUAUGCCAUUCCACGAUUUUAUCGACAGAAAUAUAACUCCGCGGAUGCCUUGGCACGAUAUUCAUGCAUGUACAUAUGGCAGUGCUGCACGUGAUAUUGCUCGACACUUUAUUCAAAGAUGGAAUGCAACUAAGACGGAAAAGUCGAAAGAGUUGAAGGAAUAUCCGUUUUUGUUACCCAGAUCUUAUGAUACUAUUAAAGUACCACGUUUCUUAGAAACGUAUAGUAAUCUGGCUGAUGUGCAAGUUUUACGCUCAGUUUCAAAAUGGUCGUCACUUACUAACACUACAGAAGACAGCAUUCAACAGGCAUACGUUUCUCUUAUUGCAAACGCUAAACAUUAUAUUUAUAUUGAAAAUCAAUUUUUCGUUUCCAUUAUUGAUAGCGCCGAUGUGGGAAACGAAAUUUGUAAAGUACUUUGCGAACGAAUCAAACGAGCCUAUCGUGAAAAAGCGAAGUUUCGGGUAUAUAUAAUGCUGCCGCUGCUUCCUGGUUUUGAAGGUGACAUUGGUGCACCAGAUAGUUUAGCAAUACAGACUGUUUUACAUUGGACUUAUAAAUCACUCUCCCGAGGACCGGGUUCAUUGAUUGAAAGUCUCAAAAGAUUUAUGCCCGAUCCAAUGGAAUAUAUUCAUAUCGGUUCCUUACGUACUUACGAAGUCCUGUCUGGAAAAUUGCUAACAGAACUAAUUUACAUUCACUGUAAAUUAAUGAUUGUGGAUGACCGAUAUGUGAUUAUUGGAUCAGCAAAUAUAAACGAUCGUUCACAAAUUGGUAAUCGAGAUUCGGAGGUUUGCAUUCUUAUUAAAGAUUGCGAAAAUGUGUCAUCUCGAAUGGAUGGGAAAUCAUACGAUGCGGGCAAAUUUGCUUUCACUUUGCGGAAAGCACUUAUGAUGGAGCAUCUCGGUUUAUUGCCGGAGCAAAAAAGAAAACCGCCGAAACAGGAAAUUGAUGUGGAUGAUCCCGUUGCUGAUUCGUUUUUCAUUGGCAUUUGGGGAGCUAUUGCAAAAAAGAAUACGGAAAUAUUUGAAAAAGUUUUCAACGUUAUUCCAACAGAUAAGCUGAAAGAUUUCAUAGAAGUACAAAUGCAUGUUUCAAAAAUACCGCUAAGCGAAACUGUGCCACAAGUAGCUGAGGAAUAUCUUCGAGAUUUGGUUGGUAAUCUUGUGGAAUUUCCGUUAGAUUUUCUCGCGAAUGCCAAUCUUGCACCCGGCUUGGCAUCCAAGGAGGGUAUCGUACCGUCGUCGGUUUUCACAUGA